AUGUCGUCAGCGAAUGCGAACGAAAUCACCAUCGCCGUCGAUCCAGACGUGCACCUCCGCCAAGAUGAAUAUGACCCCCGCGACUGGAACUCCGAGACCACCUCAAUCGGGUCCUCUAUCUAUCGCGGAAUCAUGGAGAACGGCCGUCGCUACCAAUCCCUAAAGGAAGACGAGUACGCCUUCCCCGCCGACGAGCAGCAGUUCGACACCUACGACGCCGUUCACCUCGCCGCGAUCGUCGGAGACUCCGCUGAAGAAAACCCGCUCUUCCACGCACCCAUCGAACCCAAGAAUGUCCUCGAUAUUGGUACGGGAAAGGGAUCGUGGGCCGUUGAUGUCGCGGAUAUGUUCCCCGAAGCUUGGGUUCGUGGCGUGGAUCUCUUCCCGCCGCCCGUUACCUGGUUACCGCCUAACUGUGUUCUGGAGGUGGAUGAUGUGACGCAGGACUGGACGUGGAGUCAGAAGUUUGACCUCAUUCAUCUUCGGAUUUUGGCGUGCGCGUUUACGCCUGAGGAGACGGCGGAUAUUAUGAAGAAGUGUUAUGACAACCUCCAGCCUGGUGGUUGGAUUGAACAGUUUGAAAUUCACCCCAAUGUUUAUUGUGAUGAUGCGAGUAUCGCGGAGGAUAAUGUUCUAUAUGAUAUUGGACCAAGGUGUGACGCUGCCGCCAACAAAUCCGGCAAGCGCAUGGAUCUCGUGAAAACGAUGCGCGACUCCAUCGCAAAAGCCGGCUUCGUCGACAUUCACGAAAAAGCAACCAAGUGGCCCAUCGGCCCAUGGCCUCGCGAAAAGUCUAAGAAGGAGCUCGGCUCAAUCAACCUCCACCACUGGUUGACCGGUAUCGAGGGAUACACCAUGUUCCUAAUGACCAAGUUCGGAGAUCCCGAGCCAUGGACUCAGGAGGAGGUGCGAGUUUACAAUGCUCAGAUGAGAAAGGCGCUGCUGAACCCACAUCACCACCCAUACCAACGCACAAGGCGAGUUUGGGCCAGAAAGCCCUUCCCCGAGGAGGAGAAGGCGAGGGACGAGAAGGAGAAGGAGAAGAAGGAGAAGAAGGAGAAGGUGGAAGCGGAAGCGGCGGCCGCAGCUGCGGCGAAACAGAAAUCACCUGAAAUCAAGGAAGAAAAGGAGUGA